AUCACUCUUACUCUAUAACUUUAUCUUCAGCUUUGUAAUUAUUAUCCAAUCAUGAUGAUGAUAAUGACGACAGACUACUUAUCAAUAUUCAAACCUAUUUCAAGUUACCAGCAGGCUUAGAGGGGGGUGAGUACACUCAAAUGAACAGUCAAGACUGUUGAUAAGAAAUAGACGUGAUCCGAAGGUGAGAGGAACAUAACAUUUAUGAGUUACAGCAACAAUGGUUCCUGCAUGGUCUGUUCUCAUUACCUUUCUUCUAACAGUUUCAACCAGCAAUGGUCUGUCCUGCUACAGUUGUGAAGGAACCAAACCAUUUUCAAAAUGUGAAUCCGAUAUAAUGGAAUACCGAUUGGGAAUAAAUUCAAAGUUUGCAGUAAACUGUUCUCAAUAUUCACACAUGACAAAACCAUAUUGUGCAAUUGAAAGAUACAUGAAAAAUGGGCAAGUACAAGCUAUUAUUAGGGACUGUAAUGAUAAGACAUUUUCAUUCUCCAUGGAACAUCCACCAUACAAAAAACUUGAAACUGUUGAUGGGAAUUACAACAUUUCUGUGUGCUCUUAUGUUACCUCUCUAGGAGCAAUACUGUGCAUUUCGUUGUGCAAUGAAGACAUGUGCAAUGGCAUAUUUGGCAAAUCAGAUUGCAUUACAUUGAGCUUACCACUAUUUGUCAUAUCAUUACUUUCAGUGAAGCGACUCACAAACUUCAGUUAACUCUUUAAUCAUUGUCAGUCCUACCAGCCAUGAUUUCAAUAUUAGUUCACAGACGUUGUUUUCCACAUUUUAUUGGUUUAUAUUAAGGGUAUUUAUUUAAUUGACACCAGAAAGAUUAACAGUAAAACCUGUAGGAUGGCAAUGAAGAAGAAGAAAAAUACUAAACUAUUGUCAGCUUCAUUACAAAUUCAAAUAUUAUCAAAUAAAAUAAACCUGUCAUACUUUAAAGAAAGAAACAAAGACUUGACAAAAGAAUGGACAAAGAAUGGAUUGAAAGAAGGAAGAAAGAAAGACAAAGAGUUUUGUUGAGUUCAGUUUGUCAUCACAUUCAUUCACAAUAUAAAGAUAAAACAGAGUCAUCUGGCUUUCUACAUUCAAAGGUCACAUCCUGUCAUGGUCAACUGUACCUUUCUUCCUUUCCAGAACCUAUAAAAUAAAGAAUCAAUAAAAUAAUAGAGCCAUUUUAA